AUGGGGUACCAUUUCCAUCCAUCUGCUAAAGAACGACUUCAAUUUUUGCUAAGAUUUGUGGCGAAAAGUGCGAUGAAUGAUGAUGGAUUGAUCACGACAAACUUAGAUGUGUAUGGUGAAGAAGAGCCAUUGGAGAUUUACAGUCAGGGAGUACCCACUGGAGGAUUAGAAGCUGAUGAUGACGACUAUAGCUAUCGUUACUUCAUCACAAAGAAAAACAACAACAAUGGCAAUUGGAAACAACAAGGCGAGGAAAUCCCAGUUUUCUUCAAAAUAGGGAAUGUAUCAACAUCACUUGUUAUGGGAACUAAGAAGAAGAUGCAUUAUGUUCAUGAAUUUGGACAUUGGAUAAUGAAGCAGUAUGAACUCUCUCCGGUAUUUUUUAGUAGGUUUGGUGAGGAUCGCAAAGAGUAUGUUCUGUGUGCCAUGAAGAGGGAGUACAUUGACGAAUGUACUUUUGAUGACCCACAACCAGCUGAUGAGGAUGUGUAG